UUUCUAUUUUUCCGGGACGGAGAAAAUAGAGCACUCAAUUUACUGAGCUCACUGAGCUACCAUGGAUUAUAACACUAAGCUAUUAGCAGAUAUGAAUGUAGACAUGGAUUACUUAAGCUAGUCUGUUGUUCAAUACAUUGAACUGAUUCUCUAAACACGUACAAUACAUAUCCAUCAUGUUGCUGGGAUCUGUGCAAAUGUGUGGAGAGACUUUGUCAUCUAUUGAAGUUAGAGACAUUUGUGAGUCUUUGGAGACACACUCCAUCCGACUUUUGUCAUUGAGGGAAUGUUUUAUGAACGAUAGAGACUUCCAAUGCUUGACGAUAAGUGUCGGCAAAUGCAAAUCCAUAAUGCAGUUGAAUCUGAACCUUGGCUUGGUGUCUGCUGUGACUAGGGUAGAAAUGUUGGCACAGGCAUUGAUGAAAAAUAGGACAUUGACCUCUCUGUUUAUUCAUGGGUCUCCUGUAAGUGACUAUGGGAUGGUUAUGCUUUCCCAGGCCCUGGCUGCUCAUCCUAAUAUUGUCAACCUGGAUGUAGGGGACUGCAUCCUGGGGGACAGGGGCCUUGAGGCAGUUGCACAAUUAUUACCCCCUGAUGGGGCAAAACCAGGUUUACAAGAGUUAACAUUAAGUGCAAAUCCAGCUAUCACCUCUAUGGGUUGGGUUAAGUUUGGUAUCGCCUUGGCAGCUAGUAGCAACUUGAAAGUGCUCAACUUAGACUACAACCGUGUUGGGGACAGUGGCAUAGCAUGUCUUACUGUUGCUUUGGCCAGCUUAAGAGGCUUAGAAGUCUUAGAUUUAGAAGGGACUGGCAUGACUGACCAAGGAGCAAAGAUGUUGUUACAUCUACUCGAGAACUAUCCAACUGAUAUCAAUCGCAUCAUACUUGAUGAAAAUGACAUUGAUCCUAAACUACUGGGAGAAAUAAAGCACAGUUUGUCAUUGGAAGAGACUGACGAGAAUUCUUCUGAGAAGGAGAUUUUAGCCUCUGAUAGUGAAAUAAGCAAAAUGUCAAAUGAAAUUGCACAAACUUCCUUAACAAAUGUAACUGAAAUAUCAUCAGAAGCUACAUCAAGUAUGACCUUGAAACCUCAUGACCUUGACACUAUGGGUAAUGACCUUGCAAAAAGUACAAGUUUGACUCCAAGAGAACUUGCCAGAUUCAUAAGAUCUCCUGAAGCAGGAGCUUCAAAGUAACAUAGUUGAUUAGAAAUAUAGAACUAGAGAGUGUAACACAGUCUUUGUGCC